GCGCACAGCACUUUACGGCCCGAUCACCACUAGCUACCAUCACCGCAACAUGGCGCUCCACUCACAAGCUCUGUUGACGCUGGUGACCCUGGCGGCUCUGGUCGCAGCGGGAGUACGCGUCGACGAAGUCUUCGCUGAUAACGAACUCGUUCUUGCAGUUUUGAUUCACCGACACGGAGAUCGCACGCCCAUAGAAGGCACACUAGAGCUUAGCACCGACCCGGACGCGGUGCGAGAGGCCACCGAGCCUUACGGCUACGGACAACUCACUAAUGCGGGCAGGCGGACCGCGUACCAGCUCGGCAAGUCCAUCCGCAAGCGCUACGGUGACCUCAUUUCCGCACAUUAUAACCGCUCCGAGAUUUUCAUCCGUUCGACGGACUCCACGCGCGCCAAGAUGACCGUGCUCACCGCCAUGGCGGCCGUGUACCCUGCCGGUGAUGACAACUGGAGCGACUCUCUCCCCUGGCAGCCCACGCCCUACACCAUGGUGCCUGCUAGAUACGACCCCAACCUCGCCUCCAUAAACUGCCCCACGCUCAUGAAAGCUUCCUCAGAAAAAACCUACGACACCUCUGCGUUGGAGCGCUACACAGACGUGCUAAACCAGUGGUCGGAGCUGAUCGGUUUCAACAUUACCGCCAUGCCGGAGCUCGCCUAUUCCGUCUUCGACAUUUACAGAAGUCAGAUCAGCCUCGGCGUGCCCCUGCCCGAUGAGUUGCAGGCGCUGAUGCCGGAAAUUGAGGAAAUCGCUGGCGUAGCCCUAGACAUCUCAGACGGUGAUGACGACCAUGCGUUGCUAGCGGCCGGUGUGUACCUGAACGACGUCGUCACGGCGAUGACCUCGGCAGCUAGCGGCGACGUGUCGCAACCCCUGCGCAUCUACUCCGCGCACGACGCUAACGUGUUCGUCGUAAUGGCAGCGUCGCGCGUCACUCCGCGCCAGGUCGCACCAGCAUACUGUUCUUCAUUCACGCUGGAACUGCGCAAGCGCACUGAUACUGGUGCCUACGUCGUGCUGCCGGUGUACCAGGCCUCGCCGGACGCCGAGCCGGUGCACCUGCAGGUGGAGGGGUGCAGCGCGCUGCUGUGUCCGCUCGACGAGUUUGUCUCCAUCACGAAGCCCUUCGCGCUGGACGAGGACACGUGGCGCGAAAAGUGUGCCUACACCGACGACCUGGACAUCGAUGAAUCCAUGAUCGAUUAAGUCCUGAAUUACAACACACUUAUUUAUUAUCAUAUAAUAAAUCUGAUGAAAGGAGUCAUAAGGUGAUAAUUAUUAGUAUUUAACAGUUUAAAGACAGUUUAAAUUAUUAUGUUUGAUAAGAUUAUAAUAGUAAUGCUCAUACUGUGCAUAAUACUCUCAAUCGAAGUUUAAAUCCUUCAUCCCACGAUUCCUACUCUUCCAUUGCAUGUACGUUGUGUACGAUAUUAUGGUAAUAUAAUAAGUGUACCUCCA